AUGGCGAUGACAAAUGCUCGAGUAAUGCUUGUCCAACAUUUUGAUUACGGCUCUAUGACCGAGCAUGACAGAAGCAUCUCAUAUCCAGGUUACAUGACGGCUUGUGACAUCAUGAAGAGCCUCGAAAUAUACCCAGAAGCCGACCUAUUUCCACGUCGUGCGUCUCAGAGAGCCAAAGGAGCCGAUCUGGGUGCCGGUACAGCCAUAGCUCUGCCCCUUAUGCCUAUAGACUGCUGCACCCCCGUACAGUCUCCAGAAGAAUACAUCUGGCACGAAACAGAGUCGCCGCCCUUCAGAUCAACAGCAACAGGACCGAAACCAACAAUGAUUUUGAAGCAUUGGUUGGGUUCGUCCCCGUUCUUCCACCGAUGGAGGAACGCGCCGUUGCAUUUGCAGUUUGAACACGGCGGGCGUAGACGUCGAGCUGUGCGAGCGCGGGAGCAGCAAGCAGCACUGGUAGAAGAGCAAGUAGCUUCUCAAGAUGCAUUUCGAUGGCCUUUUAUUCACGGUCAGUAA